AUGUCUUCUGAACUAUUAUUUGAUUUUUCUCAGGAAAUUUUAAACUUAUUAACCGGUAGUGAUGAAUAUGAUGUGAUAAUUUAUGUUGGAAAGGGCGAAAACGAAAAAACCCUUCAGGCUCAUUCGUUAAUCUUAAAGGCUAGAAGUAGUUAUUAUAAAGCUGCUUUAUCCAAACAAUGGACUAAAAAAGAAGGUGAUUCCAACAUUUUAAGACACCCUGAUAUUGCUUCAAAUGUUUUCGAAAUCAUUCUUAAAUUUUCUCAAAUGUCUAGAGGCAAUAUUUACGAUAAAGUUUGGCCGUUAAGAGAAAUUCUAUCUCCAAAAUUAGUAGAUGAUAUUGUCAAAUAUCAUUUGAAGGAUAUUAGUGAAUCUACGUUAGUUGGUUCGGGACAUUUGGAAACCGGUGAAAGUUUUCUGUUCUCAUUUGGAAAUAGAGAUCUAUUAGAAGAUGCAAAGAUCAGUAAAGUUAUGAGAGCUGGUUAUGCUAUCACCUUGAAGGACGAAAGAUAUGGCCCUUGUUUCGGUGAUAAAGAUCUUUGGAUGAAUGGUAACUUUGAUCAGCCCAAUAGUUGUAGUUCUCAACGAGACGAUUACGAAAGCCAGAUCACAGGAAAUCAAAAAUUCUUUGUUUCUGAAUAUGAAGUUUUUAAGAUCAUUAAGAAAUAA